AUGAGUGUCUGGUAUAAUCGUAUAUCGGCCACAGCUGCAGCGAUUGAUGGAGCCAAUGGCGUCAAUCAACAAUGGGAACAGGGAACAUCAUCAGCUUGGUAUAUUGAAUUGCAACGAUUCGGUUGCGAUGAUAUGACAGCAGCCGUCUAUGCCAACCGCUUAAACUUAUUAGCAAAUGGUGAAAAUAUUUUUACUUGGGGCUUUUCAAAGCAAACUAUUGAUGGUGGAUUCAAUAAUUGUUCUAACUGUACUCCACCUAUGCAGGGAACUGGAGAUGCAUUUCAUAGUACAUCGAUGUUUGUCGAAGCAGUAGCCAGAUGUUUAAUACUCAUGCGACAAUCGUCAAAUUUUGUCACAUAUGAGUCGUAUUUCAAUCAAAUUGUUCCCAAAUUAAUUCGAGCAGCUAGUUGGCUCUUGAAACCAUCUGUUCUGUCCAUAGGUAUUCGAAAUGACAUGCCUUAUACACAUCGACGAUAUAUUUUGGCUGCUGCUCUCGCCGAAACCGCCUUGUUAACAGACGAUCCAUCGCUUCAACAACAAUUUUAUUCACAAGCAGCUAUGUUCGCGCAAGAUGGUUUGUCACUUCAAGAUUCAAGUGGUUUUAAUCCAGAAAAGGGCGGCUAUGAUUCAAGUUAUAAUGCAUACGGUCUAUAUCAAGCGUGCAACUAUUUAGUGGUGUGCCCGGACGACAGUCUUCGGCAACAAUUGACAAACAUGCUCUCAAAAUCUUUUGCGUGGCAGCUGACACGAAUGAAUCCUGAUGGAAGUGCAAUCUUAGUCGAUAAUACUCGAGUUACUGCUGACAAUAAUACAAAUGAAGUAGCUAGAAGUGGUUACGAUAAGAAAUAUGAUUAUAAAUCAACAAUUUACGCAUUUGAACUGGGAUCUGUUUUACUUCAAAGUCAAAUGCUGCAUAAUGAAGCACAAUUAGUAGCCACUUAUGUGGGUUAUCUACAUUAA